GUUCCGGGACUGAGAGAGAAGAGCGACAGGAGAAGGAGAUACUGAUCUCUUCAAGAAGAUUAGAAUAUAUACAGCAUUAUUAUUAUUUUAGAAACCUUUCACUUUAAGGCGACGGUCAGAGGAUUGCAUUGUCGCGGAAAUGAAAUGAGCAGAACGACCUUGGGUUUGGUUUUAAGGUCAUUUAUCAUGCAGUGAGAAGGGCUGGUGUGUGGUUGCUGAUCCCGCUAUCCCAUGCCCACUGUGCCAGACUGAGGUGCUCUCUCAGGAGCCUCUCUUGCUCCCUCGGUGCCCAGGGCCAUGGAGCACACGCGGGAGAAGGAGAGCGAGCGGCCGGCGCGGAGCACUAAGACUGGUCAGAGCCGCAGCACACACUCUCGCCCGUCUGGCUCUGGCUCGUCUGGCGUGCUGAUGGUCGGCCCAAAUUUCCGUGUGGGGAAGAAGAUCGGAUGCGGAAACUUUGGGGAGCUCAAGCUUGGCAAGAACCUUUAUACCAAUGAGUAUGUCGCAAUAAAACUGGAACCUGUGAAGUCGAGGGCGCCACAGCUGCAUCUGGAGUACCGGUUUUAUAAAACUCUGGGCAGCACAGUGGAAGGGUUGCCACAGGUAUACUACUUUGGCCCCUGUGGGAAGUAUAAUGCAAUGGUUUUGGAGCUGCUAGGUCCCAGUCUGGAGGACUUGUUUGACCUAUGUGACCGAACAUUCUCCUUGAAGACGGUCCUCAUGAUUGCAAUUCAGCUGAUAACUCGGAUGGAAUAUGUCCACUCAAAAAACCUCAUCUACCGGGACGUCAAGCCAGAGAACUUCCUAAUUGGGCGUCAGGGCAGUAAAAAGGAGCACAUCAUCCACAUAAUUGACUUUGGUCUUGCAAAAGAAUACAUCGACCCAGAGACUAAAAAACACAUACCUUACAGAGAACACAAGAGUCUGACCGGCACAGCACGUUACAUGUCCAUCAACACACAUUUGGGAAAAGAACAAAGUCGGCGGGAUGACCUGGAAGCACUUGGCCACAUGUUUAUGUACUUCUUGCGGGGUAGUCUGCCAUGGCAGGGGCUGAAGGCAGACACACUGAAAGAACGUUAUCAGAAAAUCGGAGACACCAAACGAAACACUCCCAUUGAAGUUCUCUGUGAGAACUUUCCAGAGGAGAUGGCUACGUACUUGCGCUACGUACGGCGGUUAGAUUUCUUUGAGAAGCCUGAUUACGAGUAUCUAAGGACUCUCUUCACUGAACUAUUUGAAAGGAAAGGAUAUACCUUCGACUACACGUACGACUGGGUCGGCAGGCAGAUUCCGACGCCAGUCGGGUCAGUUCAUGUGGAUUCAGGAGCCUCUGCCAUCACUAGAGAAUCCCACGCCAACAGAGAAAGACCUUCACAACAUCAGCCACUGCGGAACCAGAAGGUCAGCUCGGAGCACAGGGGAGCAUGGGACGCCCAGCCUCAUCGGCACACCAACCUGUCUUACCUGAGUUCGUAUAUGGCUUCUGACCGGCAUGGGGGCUCUGCACAGAUGAUCAGCUCAACCAAUGGGGAGCUGAAUGCAGACGACCCUCUGGUAGCCCAUUCCAAUGCACCAAUAACAACGCAGGCAGAAGUGGACGUAGUGGAUGAAGCCAAGUGCUGCUGCUUCUUCAAGCGUAAAAGGAAGAAGAGUUCCCCGAGGCACAAAUGAGCCAAAAUGUUCCUCUCCUUAUUUUCACUGCACUGCUGAUGUGAGCCUCUCCGUGGAGAUGCAUUUACAGCUGGAAAAUUUCAAGGCCAAUACAUACAGUACAUUCAUUGGCCCUGCAAGAACGUUAAAAGUCCAGAGGCACCUGGACAGGACUGUCUCCCCUUUGCACUCUUUUAAUUUGCCUUUUCAUCCUGAUAUUCCUUUAUUUGUGUAUUUUAAUGUUUUUACGGAUAUCUGUCCCUAUGAAGUGCCAGUCAGUAGUGGACAGUCAUGCUGCAUUUCUUCCUGAAGGGUUGUAUUUUGCUAUGGACAUUUUUAAAAGGACAUCUUGUGUCACUUUUCCCCAAAUGUUCAACCAUUUCAAGGACUUUUCUUGCUCUUGUGUUUGGCCUGUUUAUUGUUGAGUUGGGUUUUUUUCUAUCCGUUUUUCCCCAUGCUUUUGGAUGGAGAGGAAGUCAUCACUUGGUGGUACCUGGACUCAAUAGCACAGAUUACUUCCACUUCGCUGCAGUUUCCGUCUAUGCCGUUUGAAUAUAAACGUCCAUUUACUGUAUGCAUUGUGUAUUACUUGCACCCAUAAACACAUGAUCACCGUUUCGUCACAAAAUAACCCAUUUAAUGCAAAGUUCAAAACUCCACAAUACAAUAACAGUCACAUUGAAAUGAAUGUGUUACACUGGAGACAAAUAUUAUUGCAUGUAAAAGUGCAAUACAUACAUCAGUAUGUAUACGUGUAUGAAUCUCUAAAGGAGUUUUGCCUAGAUGACUGGCUUUUGAAGGAUUUUGUCCCCUAAGAUCAAAAUCUUGGAAAAAAAAAAACCCUCAAUAUAUUGAAGUAUUUAUUCUGAAGGUAUUUGUGGCAUGUAAAAUGUUUGAUUAGGUAACCAAAAGCCAUAUUUCAUGGAACUGUGUAUUUAAUCGUAUUGUAGUUUGCAUGAUCUAAUCCAUGGCUUCUCUUAAUACAUUUACAGCAGGGGUGUAAACAGGAAAGCGCAAAUCAGUCCCACUCAUUUGCUAUGUGCUGCUGUAUAGAAUCUUUCAGCUUUGGAUGUGCAAUACUCAUUCCCAAAGUCUUAAAGGUUAGAAUUGUCUAUCACCACUAAUUUUUUUUUCCCCAUUUUGUCUUAUUUGUGUGUUAUAUUUUCAGAUUAUGAAAGCUAUAGAAAACUGCUUCCCCACAGAUGAGGCCAACAGAUUAAACUUGACAGUAAGUUUACAUAUAUUGAUGGUUUCUGUACCAUGUAGGUUUGUGCAGUAAGAAGGAAGUUAUUGCUCAUUCACGUUGUCCGGUCUCUUCUCUCAUGUCCCCUGCUGACGAUGCUGUGUUAUGACUUGAUGCAGCUCUGUAAUCCACACUAGCCAGGUCAUUAAAAGGAUUUUCUCGGAGUAAAAAUAUCAGGACAAUAGCUUUCGAGGUUUGGACGAGCUCCUAUCCUAACUAUAUUACUACUGAGUUUCUGACUGCAAGCCUGUCAUAACUUGACGUGUGGGGUGGGGGUUUUUUUAAUCUUUUUUUUUUUUUUCCCUCCUGCAACUAAUUAUCCUGAAUCAUUAUUAGUUGUGAAGUGUGUUUGUCUUAAUACUCAAGAUACUACAGAGAUGUUGGGUAAACAGUAUUCAAGCUCUUUGCUCCUUGAUAUACUCAAGUGUUUGAGAGAAAGCUAAAUUAACUUUCUUUCAUAUGUAUCAUGUUCUGGAAUAAAAGCAUCUACAUUUUUUUUUUUUUUUAAAUCAGGUUAUAUUUUUCCUCAAGCUAGCUUUUGUUUGGGUGAAUGUUUCUUAAUGUGUAAUCUAAUAAGCAGCUGCCUGUUAAUAGCAUUAAUUGUAUUGCAAAUCUUUUGUACUGUAGCUGUUUUUUUUUUUUUUUGUUUGGUUUUUGAUUGAAUAUGGAUUAAUAAUUGUGGCCUAAAUGAUGGACUUGUUUUCAGAUUUUUCCUUUAAACAAUUUUUUUUUUUUUUGCGCGCGUGUGUAUUUAAUGAACCAUGCCUCAAAUGGGAAAUUGUAUGGUGUGUUUCUGUGCAUUUACAGUGCAAAUGACUGUGGUUACUUUAUUUGUAAUUUUAUUGAUUGUGAAUACUUGUGAAUAUUUUUCUUUUAUUUUCAUUUAUUCGGAGAACACUAAGGUCUCCAUGGCACCUCCUGGUGGGGUGAAUGAUUGGAUCUGUGCUUUUCUCCUAAAUUAGCCAUAUGAUGAUAAACAAACAAACAAAAAAGUAUAUAUAAAAUGUAAAAUGCUUAUUUGCGCAUAAUCGUUUAAAUUAUCACUUUAAAUUUGUGUUGUUUGUACACUGAUUGAACCAGUGUUGAAAUCAUUGUAGCUGAAUGUUUGUUUUCAUAAAGAACCUUGGACUAGGUGGACCAGAUUUCCAUUAUGUACGUUUAAUUUAGUCCUGUAUGGUUGAUACUGAAACUGAUCAUACGCUUAUGUUUGGAAUUCAUUUUGGUUGUUAUUCUUAUUGGAAGUCUUAUCUUUUGACAUUAAUUUCUGUGUUAUUUUGGGGCAGGAAUACUACAGUAGUGUGACUGUAAUGUUGCCUUUGUUCCCCCUAGUCUGUAUCUGCUUUGAGUCAUGUAAACACUGGUUCAGUGGGGCAUUGCAGAAAACUUGUAUUUCAACCUUUUUCUUUCCUUUCUGCACCUAUCGUUCCAACACCAUCCAUUUGUGUGUUGUCAACGAUUCCACACUUGUUUACUUUUACUGUUUAAUUCCUGAGUACACUGAAUGUGCUUACAUACAAACAUGUCCUAGAGGAGUGAGGGCAUGUUUAUGGAGAUUAUUCCUUAUGAGUAAUCUUUCGUCUUUCCUCAAAGCUACAGUCUUAAAAACCCUAUGGCCUGGUUCCCUGUUCACACAUUAUGCCUUACUCAAAAAAUGCUUGAGAAGUGAAACAAGUCUGGAGAGUGAGAGAACUGUAUCAUGUUAAAAUUGAUUUGAUUUUUGCAGAUUUAGCUUGAGAGAGGCACAUUCCCUUAUUUAAUGUCCCAACCCCAGAUAUGAUGGAACUGACACCACUAAUGAAACCACACUGAGAUCAAUCAGGAUCUGUCCUGUUGUAAAUUAUGUAAAAUAUUUAACUGUUUGUCUCUUGAUGAAAACGAAGUCUAUUACAGAGCUGGGUUUUAUUUUAGUCCUGGUUUAACCUGUAUAAAGUAAGCCUACACUGAUACAUGAAAGCAAAGGAAAGUUAAGGGAAAGUGACAUUCACAGAUUUUUCCACUAUUUCGACCUUGUCUUGGACUAAAUGCUGUUAACGAGCAUUUCUAACCAGAAGCUUUGUUCAUGUACAGUAGUAUCAGGGCUUAAUGUAUGAAAUGUAUUAUUACUGUUUGUUAAAAUUUUGAAUGUCAUUUCCUAAAUCCUUAUGCUUUAACUGUGCUAAAGGGCUCCAGCUGUGAAGAAUCCAUUAGGUUUUGGGAAGCUUUGUGUUCAGACAGAGGGGCAGCCUCCCUGUGUAAUGGCCAUUAUUCAGAGGCACCGAUAUAUACUUUUUAUUCCUUCAACCCAAAGGGGUAGGUCAAGUUUGGUCCCUUUUUUAAUGUAAAAUAAUAAUAAAAAAAAUCUCUCUCUUACCCUUCA